AUGAAAGGAAAAGGGGUGGAGAGAGUAGGAGUGGGUGUAGGAAAAGGAAAGGUGGGUGGAGGAGGGAAGGAUUUGGUGAAGGGAACGGGAGAGUCUUCGAUUGAUUCGAAGAGCGAGCGAGAGAGAGAGAGGGAAACACAAGAAAGCAAAGAAAGGGAGGGGGAACAGCGCCAGGCAAUAAUCCCGGAGUGGAAACACCGGGCGAUAGGAAAUCCAAAACUGGGGAGGGGAAAGAAGGCGGGAGGCGGCGCCACGCAGCUUCUGAUUGGUUGCCUCUGCUCGAGUCACGAUAUGUUCCCAGUCCAAAUCGGGGAUCGUCGCCGCAAGACCGCCGAAACACAACAGAUGCAGAUUCGCGAUCCAAUCACUUACAGAAUUCUUCACGAAUCUUCCACACAGCAGCAACGACGAUCAACACCCCGUCGUCCUUUGACCGACUCACUCACAGACCGACGGACUGACUCCCAGACCUCCCGAGUCCAAGCUCGAUCUCGCGACACUGGACUGGACCCCUGCACGUCUGGCGCCCCGAUCCUCCGAUUUGAUGGCAGCUCGGCAGCUGCACGAAAGGAAAGGCUGAGUGUUGCUGCUGCUGCUGCUACUGCUGCUGAUAACGGGACUGUGUACACAGUGGAACAGAUCGCGAUCGAUGGCGCGGUUAAGCCUAGGAUGAUGGAAUCCCGACCGGGGAAUGUCCUAGUAUUAGAGCUUCAGGUAAUAUGUUCCUCCAAUGAGCGAUUUUGCCUGUGGAAACAAUCACCGGCAAAACUGAAACGGCAGGGGAAUGUUACGGAGCGCCCUGCGUAG